AUGCGGUCCCUCGCGAGGGCCCGGCCGCCGAAGCCCCUCUGCCCCCUAGCCGCCUUCGUCCAGUCCAUGGGGUACGUGGACGUGAAGAUGCGGUGGAAGAAGGACGCGUCCUUCGACGGCGUCCCGGUGCUCGCGCACGCGCGGGACCUUCGCCCGCUCGCCGCCCUCGCGCGGCUCCUCUCCCCGUCGCCGACCCCCGUCUCCGCGGUCUCCAAGCUCCGCCGCUCGCUCGAGACCUCCGACCGCCGCGUCGCCGCCUUCCUGCGCCGCUUCCCCGCGGCCUUCGUCGAGUCCGUCGGGCCCGAGCACGACCACCCCUGGUUCCGCCUCUCCGCCCCCGCCGCGCGCCUCCUGCAGGAGGAGCGGGACGUCUUCGCCGCCCGCCGCGCCGACAUCGCCUCCCGCCUCCGCCGCCUCCUCCUCAUGUCCCCGGCCCGCCGCCUCCCGCUCAGCGUCGCGCAGGGCAUGCUCUGGCACCUCGGCCUCCCGGAGGACUACUUCAGGCGCCCCGAGUUCGACAUUGGGCAAGAUGGGUUCAGAAUCCUGACCACCGCCAGAGACGGCGACUACCACAGGGACGAGAACGAUGGCAAGGAGCUGGGGCUCAUCGACGAUGGGAGAGACCAAGAAAUGCCGCUGUCAGUGCUUCAAACGAACGCCAUACGGAGGUUCGGGUCGGCAGACGAGGUGCCCAUCCCAUUAUUCCCCUCAAAGGGUCUCCGGCUGAAGCACAAGAUUGGGGACUGGCUGGAGAGGUUCCAGAAGCUGCCUUACGUCUCUCCGUAUGAGGAUUUCAGCAACAUUCAACCGGGUACCGAUGUUUCACAGAAGCGGGUGGCUGGGGUGCUCCAUGAGCUGUUCAGUCUGUUCGUGACAUGCUCCGCCGAGAGGCGGCGGCUGCUUUGUCUCAGGACGCACCUGGGGCUGCCACAGAAGUUUGACAGAGGGAUCGAGCGGCACCCGCAUAUAUUCUACUUGCUGUUGAAGGAGAAGACGUGCUUUGUUGUCCUCAAAGAGGCAUACAUGGCUGGGGGAGACACAGCGAUUGAGGAGCACCCGAUGCUGGCAGUGCGGAGCAAGUAUGCCGGAUUGAUGGAGGAGUCUCGGGAGAUCAUAAAGCGUCGGCGAAGUGGGAAGCCUGUACAACUGGAUCCUGAGGAUCAAGAGGAGAGUGAGGAUUGGAAGGAUGCCAAUUCAAUAGGAACUCAUUAUUUUUGACUGAUCACAAAAUGAGAAAAUGGGCAAUAUGGAUUUUUGCAACGAGAAUAAGGGAUUCUUUUUUCAUUGGAAGCAGCAUAUUUGCAUGCAAAAUAGAGGAGUUAUGCGCAUAUGCGAAGAGUGUCUUCUAUUGUUCAUUUAUAAUUUUGGCCGGGGCAAGUCGAGGCAUUGAAGAGUGACUCAAAUAGGCAGUUGUACAUUGAGGAAGACGAAAGGAGAACUACACCGACCAUCUUCAUCUCUCAGCUAGUCGCGGAGAAAUUAUGUAUUACUAUGUCGCAAUGGUAUGUUUGCUGGACAAGUAUGCAACAGUGGAUAGGAUACGUUCAGAUGUUCAUUGAUACUUCUGUAAUGUUGUAUUAUCUCCGUUCCAUAAUAUAAGCCGUUUUGGCAAACUAAAAUUUUGACAAACUAUUUUAGUUUGCCAAAACGACCUAUAUCUUGGAACAAAGUGAUACUAAAUCAUUUAUGUCUACUAUGUACAUCAAAAUAUCCACUUACUUGAGGUACUUUUAAGUUCUUA